AGAUCUUCAGCGGAAGUUCAGCACUGGGCGGAAGUAAGUAGCGUUUGGUUUCCAACAGCAACGCCAAGGGGAAGACGACACCAAUGUUUAAUCACCAGGGCCUGCAUUAAUUAAAUAACAAGUGAAUACACAAUUACUUCGCGUGGAAGGGCAGCUUAUAUGACAGUUACUUAUAUUUAAAGUGUAAUCAUGUUGGGAAAUAAGGCUGCCACCACUAUUGGUCCCGAAUCGUGGAGAAAUUCAACACUGAAAGGAAUUAAACUAUCACAAACCAUAGUUCAGAAAAGUGAUAAAAGUUGUGAUGUUGGUAGAUCACUGGACCCUCUUCCACAUCUUAGAGACACUGUUGCACAACUAAGUAACGAUGAGAUUCACAGGUAUACAAGAGAAGUAAGAGUUAUUGUUGCUAAACUGCGUGAAAGUUUACUGGACACAAAUGAAGAAAUAAAGGCCCUGACUAGGGGUAAAGAGGCUUUGGAAAAGGCACUGGAACACACAAGAAAAGAUAUUGCAUUGAAUAAAGACAGCCAAGAAGUCAGAGUAUCUAGACCAGCCAGAGAAAGGGUAUUAGAUGCAGCCAGACGUCGCCUAUUUAAUGUUCUGAAUGAGAGAUCCCGUGUGAUGGACCUAUUGAACCACUCCCUCUCCUCCGCCGGCAGUCAGAGCGCCCCCACAGGAUUAGGGAGGAGUCGUACCUCCAUGGAUGGUCGACUCUCUAGGUUAAAUGACCUGUCAGGUAAACUUGGAUUCAUGUCCCUAGGUCAGCCAGACCCCCUUGGGCCAUACACCCCUGAGGCUGACCAAGCCCUUGUGGAUGCCCAGGAGGCCCGGGCCCGCUCUGCUUACCUCAGACGUGAGUUGAAGGAUGCCAUAGAUAGAACCGAGAAACUACAGAAAGCUGCCCACAAGUCUGUUAAUGAUGGACUCACACAGAAAGUGGCAGAAACCAUCACACUUAAGCAACACCUUGGGGUUGGUCUGGGAGAGAAUCGUCAUGGUAUACACCGUGCCCAGAGAUGGUAUGAUGCCACUGACAAGGCUCGCGGAUACACAAUGGGUCCAGUUGCGUAUUCUGAUAUUGCAACGCGUGAGCGUUUGGAUCGUCCAAUGGUCAAGGUGUUCCAGAGACAUCCAGGAACUCAGUUACCAGAGGCUCAGGAAAUUAUCAGGAGUGGAGAUGGCCUGCUGCAAUCUCUGUCUGCCACAAGUCGCAACAUCGGUCUCCUGAAACUGUCACAACUCCGUCUCCGAAACGACAUCAAAGGAAAAGCCAUGGCUUCCUCUGUGGAUGGCAGUAUCAUUCGACUCCGUCGCAGGAAGUCCGAUCAUCGAUGGACACUGGGAGAGGCAUUCUAACGAUUGGAUUCUUAACCCGAUUACAAAAUUUUAAAUGGACUCUCUUGUGUCUUAAUGUUUUCAGCAAUUUUGUUGAUGCAAAUUACAGUAAUGUUUCAGUAUUUAAACUGAAAUUUAAGUUUCUAUGUCUGAUCAUGUGCACUAUAAAUUGAAUUUUUUAUAAAAAUUUUGAUAUUGUCUACAUAGCUUUUUGUGAACUUGGAAGGCCAGCACUUGAUGAUGAAGCCAGUGCAUUUUGUAGUUUUAAUGAUGGUUUUCAUUCUGGGUAUAUGUAUGUACAAACAUAGUGAUCAUGUUUGCUUGAAGCAAUAAUAAUGUAGAAAUCAGUAUUAUAAAAAUGCAACAAAUUAUUUAUUAUAAAAGCUUUUUCUUGCAUGUACUCAAGAUAGAUUUUUGGUAGAGUUUACACUUUAAUAGCUAGUUGUCUUCUCAUGUUUUGAAUUUCUAGGAGAAGAUUUAAUCAGCAUGUACAUUGAUUGAUUCUUGCUUAAGUCAGCGAUUUGGAAGUAUUGGAACAGAAUCUUUUAAAACUGCUACUCAUCAGAGUAUUUGAAAACAGUAUUAUUAUAUAUUUUUAUGCAAAUUUUGCUCAAUAUUGGUGCGUUAGUACCAGAGCUGUAAUAACUUCUGAUGGUUUGUCUACAAACCAAUCUACUGAACUUUGUUGCUUUUUUUAGCAUCAGAAAUUCACUGUGAUACAUGUAUUUGUUUUUUUGUUUAUAUAUUUUAUAUAAUUGUUAAACAUAAUUUAUUGCAUUGCAUUUCUUUUUCUGUGUCAUAUUAUAUUCUUAUAUGAUUUAAGUAUUAAAUUCUUUUUUUGAGUGAAAUUACUCAUUUGAUGGCUAUACUAGUAUACAAUUAAUUAACAAUAAAUUCUUUUAUAGAAUUAUUAACUUGUACAAACUUCAGAAAAAGCAUGACUUGCCAUGUGUGUUUUCUAACACCAUUCUUUGCCAUGUCGUUUCAUAUAUUCUAUAUAUAUGUUCAUUGUUUUUUAAAUCAAAAUAUGGAAAAGGUUUAAAAUCUAGCGGAGGUUGAACACAUCAUAAUUUUCACUGCACAGUAUUGUUAAUGUUUACAUGAGUGCUAUUAAAAAUGAUAAAAUUUCA